AUGGAAGUCGCAGCUUCGAUAGUAGGACUUCUAGCUGCCGGUGCACAGGUCACUUCCAUCUUGCGAGAGUUUCUCUCCUCAGUCAAAAACGCCCCGGCUAUAGCCAAGCGACUCGAUGACGAAGUCAUCCAUUUUCAAUAUAUCAUUCUCAAGAUCGAUCAAACGGUAAUUAAAGGCAAAAGUCUUGAUCCCGAUCGCGCCGCUCUGGUCGACAUCAAUCAUCUCUGUGCCGCACUCACCGCAGCGGUUUCCACAUUCUCAGAGCUGGAGAAGGAGUUGGACCGGAUUAAAGCCCGCGGGAAAAUGGAUUUCUGGGAUAGACUAAAGUGGAGCAGAGCAGAAAAGAACCUUCUGAAUAUCUCUCUGCGUCUAAAUAGACACGAGACGUCUUUAACCCUCAUAUUUACAAUUCUCACCAGCGAGUCCGUUACCCGAGCCCUAUCAAGCAAGGAGCGCCUUAGUGGCGAGUUUGAUGCGGAAUCGCUGGCUGUUAAUCAAGCAGAUAGUGAUGCCGCUUCUCAAUCAAAUGAUGGCUCGAUGUCCAACGCAUCCACGGGUACAACAUCCAACCCCUUGGUUGGAAUGCAUGAAUUUGAGUCGAGUUUGUCCAGCUCUCGCGCAUAUAGAAGGGCGCGAGAUUCCGAUUCCAUAUUCUCACUAGAAACCCUGCAGAGUAGGAUUGGGCGAUGGUCGAUGUAUACAGCAUACUCAAAUGACUCUGUGUUCUCUAUGCCGAUAUCACUCCGAGAAGUGGCAGGGGUGAGUCUGGCAGACAAAGCCAUAGCUCCAGUGCUGUUGCCAAUCGCCGUAGAUACCAUCUACCACAAUGACCAUUAUCGAACUAGCCCCCCACAUGAAUUGAUGAAGGGACCGACUCCAAAGUUAGUACUUUAUGCCGCUGCUAGAGAAGGACGAUACGAGGAGGUUCGCGACUUGCUUCGGCGUGGUUUGGAUGUCAACGAGACCGGCCCGAAUGGAGAUACCACAUUGGACGUUGCGUUUCAGAACCUACAUAUGCUUACAAUAGAGAUCCUACUACUAUUCGGUGCGCGUAUUAGCCAACCACCAAACUACUAUGAAUUCUUGGAUCUUACUAUAAAACAGGGAGGCAGGCAUAUUUUUCAGAUGAUUCUGAAGAGGUGCCCGCAUGACCAUGUUUCUUUAAUUCUCGACGGUCUCUUUAGUCUCAGUCUACGUUCAGCAAACAUGGAACCCUAUUCUUUCGCAUUGGGACUCGCACAUCACCUGGAUCGUCACAUUUAUAUAGAUAUCCUAGAAAGCGCCUCGCAACGCGCUGCAGCUUUACGAGAUGAGGCUGCCAUAAAGUCGAUGUUUCAAGACUCAAUCAGGGUAGGAGAUGGUCUUCAUGCGAUUCAACGCGUGCUCCUGAAACAACGAUCUCCAGAGCCCGAACUCAUUUCAUUCGCCUUGGAGAAGGUAGCUCAAUUGGACACUGAACAAAGCAUCCAUCUUGCCUUGAGCCGCAGGGUGAAACAAAGAAGCUUGCCUCUCAUUGGGUUAUUAUUCGGGGUCAAUACAUAUGGUGCAGUAGUCGAUGGUCCACUGCGUGUCUUUCUACAACCCGCUGAUAGGGCUCUCGUUAAAUUUCUGUUGGCCUUAGGGAUUGACGGAGAAGCUGAUCCGUAUAUUCACGUUACAUUACUUGAUCCGGCAUUUUUAGAUGACGAUAGAGAAAACCCCAAAACAAUACUUCAUUCGGCAUCGCUCACAGGCACUGCGGAGAUCGGCAUUAAUGCCACCGAUGGAAAUGGUUCAACGGCAUUGCAUCUCGCUUUACAGGAAGGUUCCUGGAGCACGGCGCACUUCUUGAUAGGCGGUGACGCAGACGUAAACCGUCCAAACAUACUCGGUAACAUACCACUGAUGAUAGUAGCCGCAAAAUACUCCAUGGGAGCGGGUGCUGUAAUAGAUCACCUUGUAAGUAGGGGCACAAAUUUGAACGCUAUAUUCCCUUCUGGGGGCACUAUCCUACAUUUCGCCGCAGAGUAUGAGGAGACCCACAUGGUCGGCGAGCUCCUAAGGAAAGGAGCUGACAAAUACGCUCAAGAUCACGACGGCCGUACCCCAGACCAGUGCACUCAUAAUAAGGAAAUAGUCCGCAUGAUCCAAGAUUAUAAGGGACGAGGUCCCACCAAAACGAGUCCGUUCAUCAACAAGCUAGACCAUGACCAAACGUAUGCAUAUCUUCGUUAG